AGUAAAAAUCACAUUCUCAGUAGUGAAAUCGGAACAAUGAAGGCAGCUACAGGAAUCGCCGUGCUACUAGCCCUUGUGGCCCUGGCAGGAGCCAACCCGCGACCGGAUCUGCGCGACAAGGCUCGCGAACAUUGGGAAGCCCUGCCAGAAGAGGUGCGCAAUGAACUUCUGGACGCCUUCGAGAACCACCGCAAGCCGUCGGAAGCUUUCUUCGACCGUGUUCGUUCCCAUCUGCUGAAGCUUCUGGAGAACCCCGAAAUCGCCGAGUUCGCCGAGCGUCAAUAUGAACGGGCUCUGCGUUUGCUUCCGCUCGAACUGCGGGCUGAUGUGAAUGCAGUGGUGCAGGGUUGGCUCAUCAAUGGAGGUGUCCCGCAAGCCAGUGAGGCACUGCGUACCAAGCUUGCGGAUCACUUCCGUCAGCUGAAGGCGGUUCACUUCGAGCGCUUUCUCUCGGUACUAAGCCCGGAACUGCGAGAGGAAGUCCAGGCCGUGAUUCAGCAAGUGAUGCAGGGUGCCCAGCCACAGUUCAAUCCCGAGCUGUUUGAGCGCGUUCGUGAGCACGUCCAGCAGCUGAAGGUGACGCAUGCACUGUAAGUGCAAUCUGACGCACGAUUUGCAUUGUGGACAGAUUUACGAUUGAUCGAAAAAAAAAACAUUGUCUUGCUAUUGCUGAAUAAUUAAACGUAGCUUCCUUUCGAUAUUG